AUGGGGCAGGCCGGCUCCGUGCAGCAAAAGAGCGCGCUGCGCGACGUGUUGGCGCUGCGUCGGCCCAACGUGAGCAAGACCGAGCUCGAGGAAGUGCUGCGCACCUUUUGCGCCUUGUUCCCGCUCGAGCUCCAAGUGCCCGUGGAUGCGGACCCCAACCUCCUAAGUAACAUCGUAGGCGUCGACGUCAAGGAACGCCGUCUCUUCGAUGUGGUACACGGCUUGUUACAGGACCAGACGGAGCAAGCGCAGCGUAACAAUGGGCGUGACAUGACAGGGCUCAUCCUCACGAGCUUCCGACGCGUCAUCCGCUGGCGAGAGCUCUACAAACUGUGCGCCAAGUGCUUCAUGAAGCCUUUCCUCGCGUGUCUACACCGUCCGUCGCCUACGCUCGUGGUGUCGGUACUGGAAACCCUACACUUGAUGCUAUCGCCCUGUCCAGGCUUCGAACCCGGUGACAAGGUGGCAGAUCGGAGCGAAGCGGCAAACAGACGAAACUUUGGCGACGCUGGAGGCUUCGAAGUGUUGCGCUCGCUCCUGGUACUAUACGGAGAUGCUGUGGCGAAGAAAGAGCAGCAACAAGACGCAGCUAACGUGCUGGAAGGCGUGUUAACACUGUUCCACUUGGUGUUGGUGAAGAGACGAGUAGCGACGGAUAUGAUGACGUGCACGCAAGCGAUAGAGGCGCUCAUGAGCGCGCGCGUGUCGGUACUGGCCUUGUGUCAUUGCAGAGCUGGCGAGUACGCAGUUAUGCGUCUGGCGAUUGCGUUGGUGAAGGAAUUAUUCUGUAUUGUGGAUCUGGAGCGGGUGCAUCAGCUGCAAGAGUCAGCGAGGGAGUAUGGCGCGCUGUUGUAUGCGCUUGCAACAGCCGUGCAAGAAGAUGAUGUGGACACAUUAAAGAACGGGAAGAAAGUGGACGAUACAGGUGAAGCUGAGCUCGAAAUACGGGACUUGAGUGUGGACCUUGUGGAAGUGUUCUGUGCUGGCAACUCUCGCUCGAAGAAGGCGAUGUACCGUAUCUUUCCAGUCGAGUUAUUUAUCCCCCCACGAAGCCAACGUGAAGCUGUCCCACGACACACAGGAGCGUCGCCGUCUUCUAUGGCUCAUAAGCCUCCAAUUGCAGCUCGUAGUGCCAGGACUUUGCCGCAUUUUCCUUUCGAGUUUGAGCCGCCCAGACGCACGUCCAUCGCGACGUCGAAUAUGGCUGUGACGAAUGGAAAUAUUGAGAGUAAGCGGAGCCGCGUGGUAACGUUGGCGUAUAACGCUAUGAAUUUCGGUGGAGGGGCCUUUGAACGAUGGAUUGGAGACGCACGGGAGAAGGGAGAGCACUGGCGAGAAGUGCUUGAAGCUGUACGUCAAACACACGAAAGACCGGAGCUGGUAUGGCGCGCUGCUAUGCGUACGGAGCUGCGUCAAGCUUUACAGACCGAAAUUGAUUCUCUUGAACGUCGAAGAAGACACGUGAUGGAAGAUAAUAGUGCACAGGCAGGCGAGCAGAUGCGCUGGGACCACGACAUGUUCUAUGUGGAGUACCCUUCGAUGCAUGAAGAACUUGUGGUAAACGACUACUUUGUGGAGUAUCUCAUUCCUCGUGUAGCCGACUUGUCAGCUACAUUUGAGAUUGCUGAGCCUGUUGUGCUAGCGUGGCAUCUCUCGGACCGACUGGCGGUGGAACAUGAUGAGAAAUGGGCGCAAUUAUGUGUCCGAUGCCUCCGACUGAUCAUCAGACGCUACGCGAUGCUGUUUCAUGGCCAACUGCCCACUCAGUACGUGCUGUUACUGCUCCGUGACCACAUGAAUCAUUCCCCUGCAUUUGUACGCGAGUGUUUUCUUCUGUUAAAUACUGCUAUCAUGACGACACGCAGUACCCCGUCUGAAAGCUUCAACCAACUAUGCACGAAUGUGACGCGAACUAUCGUGGAUGUUCUAGCGGAUCCAGUUCUGCUGGCGACGUUUUCGGGGCCUCUCGAGUCGGAGGAUGAAGUAGAUCAGGACGGUCUCGUAGAUAUCGCAGAGCCAGAGGACGAAGCGGUGUCUGUGGUGAACGAGCGCGAUGCGUUAAUACGAGCUGGUGUGUGGCUUCUACUCGCUAUUGCUCGCCGUGGGAAGUUCGUGUUACGGCUGGUUCGACCCAAACGCAUGUACUUGUGUCGACUACUGGCGGUGGAAACACUGGAUCAUGUGACUAUCACUCGACUACUAUUUGUGUUGAAGCAACUGGCACUUCUGGACGGCAACAGCGACUGCAGUAGCUCGAUUGGAUCUCGUGAAGUGUCUAGUUACCGCUCAUCAGCUUCGUCGCCUUCUACUUCGGCGUCGUCGCACUCGAGCUCAACUACGGACAACAACUGGAGGUCGCUCACGCUGGUGUAUGUGCUUUUAGCAAGCUGCGAUCCCAAGGGCAUGGGUAUAUGUGUGGCUGCUGCUGAAUUUCUAAAGGAAUGCUGUGUGUUGCAUCCAAGCUCACGCGGCGCUGGUGGAGCAAAGAGCUUUUCCUCGUCCAACGAACUAAGCGAGUUGCUGAAUGAAGCUCUUGGAUUUGGUGGUUGUGGCAUGGAACGAUUGCUACAUUCAGCCAGCUCGGAAGUGUUUGCAGACACGUUUAACGCGUCUCAGAAGCGAGCAGCAGAUGUGAACUGGGGUCGAAAGCAGCGUGUGCGACUGUAUCGGUAUCUGAAGCACAAAUACUUGGGGUCUGAGUCCAAGACAACGUCCUGGAGUAACUUCGUAGAUGGCGACGCUGACCACCGCUACGAGGAUGAUGAUCUGUUCAUUGGAAACAUCUUUUUGCGGUCCUACAUUGAAGGUGGUGGGGAAUUCUUGAGUGACUGGACCCCCGAAAUGUUUGGCGAAUUGAUUAAUGCGCUGUUUGAGGAACUGGUACAGCUUGGCCGCAGAAAGUCUGCGUACACCAGCGGGACUGGAAGUAUUGGGCCAUUACCCUCGCCAUCACACCAACCAUCUCUCAUUCAGUCAUCAAGCAGUGGCGGUCCGUGUGCAGCUGAGUCGUGGGAGGUGCAAGUGUUAAUCCUCAAGGCCUUAGCACGGCUCCUUCCGUCGCAUGGUGCCCAAGUCAAGAUUCAGAGCGAGUUCUACGAGGCUUUGCUGGCUCCUCUACGUCGCUCGAUGCUUAGUGAAGUGGAUCAAGUACGCGGGAUCUUGUCGCUGGAGCUGUUUGCUGCAGUGAUGUCUGCUCCGGAUACACGCAGCGUCAACACUGCUGCGUGUCGAUUGUUCAUGGAGGAAAAAGGUUUGAGCGUGAUAGCCGACGCCCUUGAGCGGAUGCGCACCCCUUCAUUCCAGCAAAUAUUACAGACAGUGGAAGUGUUUGGUACGCGUCGGCGAAGCAGCUCAAGCAAUCAGAGCAUGGCGCGUGUGCUUUUGUAUCGCUUGACAGAUGUGCUGUCUAUUCUGGCGAGUCAACAAGCGGCAGGAAUUCGCGCUAUCACGAAGAAUCCGGAGGUGGUGACGGCGUUGAUCGAGCUCGCGUCUCGUCAGAUCAUCACGCAAUACGCGGACAUCGACGCCGCGAGUGUUUGUUUGAGUUGUCUAGGUGGACUGUGUCACUACGAUGAGCUUCGUGCACUCGUGAUUAAUGCCGGUGGACUGCUGUCACUUCUGGAUACGGUGGCGUUUUGUCCCGCAGAAGAGCUUGACAAAAGUGCUGCAACAGAAUCCCAAGGCACCGAUGAACGCAGUGAAUCGGACACAUCCGAUACGGAAGAUGGACACGAAGAAGCUGCUAAAGCUGAGCUGCUCAAUGGCGAUAAAGAAAUUCAGAGGAUCCCGUCACGAUUCUUCGGUGCGAUUCGAAGCGCUGCGUUGGUGCUACGAGCGUGUCUGGGACCAAAGAAUGCCCCCGUGCCUUCACUGCCGACCCAAGUGCUGUAUCAGCUGCUAACACCGAGCUUUGUUCGGCUGCUGCGUGCAUCUCCGGAUCAGUUUAUCCUCGAGCUACAGACUACCGAAGAUAUUAGCACCGCGACACUCAUCUGGACUGUCAGUAUGAGGCAGAGACUGCAAACGUGUAUUGCCACUGAGCUUGCGAAGGUGAGAGCGGCAGCCGCUGCGAAGACGUGGCCUCGCUGGAACCCGGAGCACUUUGUGGCAGCUGACUCGUUCCGGUAUCAGUAUCCGGAACUCGCAGAUGUGCUGGUCCUACACGACGUCUAUCUGGCAAACUUUGUGGCCACUCCCGUCGAAGACUUGGAUCUGGGAGAUAUUGACAUGGCUGCGUUCUCGGAAGCGUUGUUAAUCUCCAUUCAGAGCCACGAGAACGUGCUUCGUAUCCUGCAAGAGCGACGAUCCAGCGAUCCAGCGAAAGAAAACGCUGUUCGAAUGAUGCGACAGGCGUUGGACAAGCUCGUGAGUAAACACCCGCAGCAUAACCUCGAGGUGGAUGCCAGACGCCAGGCCUCGCUUUCAGACGGCUCGCCUGUUGUGUCGCCCACGUCCACGCCCGUGUAUUUCUCUCCUCAGACGCUGGCAGCGGCGGUGCACAGCUUCUCGCCGACAGAUGAUCGUGACUGGGACGUCACACGCAUCGAGCGCUGCAGCUCGUCGGGGAUAGAAGACCUGACCGUGUAA